AAACAUUUUCCAACAAUCGACACCAACAAAAAAAAAAAAAACUCUAAUUCUUAAAUUAUAUUUGUUCGUCCUUUCCACCCAAAGAAGUUAAGAUUAUUUAACUUCUGAAAAUGGACAAUAAAAAGGAUAUUUACAAUUUAUGGGUACAAUAUACAACAAAAAAUGACGAAUCCUAUUUUCGGGAAUUCAUUGAACGUUUUGUGACAAUUUGGAAGAAUCAAAUUGUCAUCGAUUUGGAUCAGGACGAUUGUCAGCGAUGGGAUGAUGUUAAACCAGAUAGUGGUCCGCAUUUGGGUCGAUUGCCCGAUGAGCUAUUACCGGCAAUUGGUAAAUUUAUUAUUAUUGCUCGUGAUCAAAGUGAACAGGGAGAACUUAGUGAGAAUUCAUUAAAAGAAAUUGCUAUUCUAAUUGACUGUCUCAUCAUUAUUUGUCGACAUUUUGAAAACAUCCUGGCGGUCAUCAAGUAUGAAUAUAAAUCCAAUUUGAUUGCAAUUUUGGGAAAUGUAUUUAAACAUGCAUCAGAAAACAAAAAAGCAACACCAGCUACUAUCCAAGUAUUCAAAAGCUUUUCACAUUUCCUUGAAGUUAUGUAUGAUCCAUACCUGACGUGGCGAAGUUUUCUAAAAGGAAUAAUCGCUGAUUAUCAACAAUUAUCAUACAAACCACAUUCCGUUCAUGUAGAAAUUAUUCCUUUUAUUUAUGAUUGUUUUCAAAAUGAUGAUAUUUUGAGAUUUUUUGAAAUUGGUGGAUCAUUAAUACACAUUCUUGGUGCAGUUGUUUCUGGAUCACAGAAAACCUUAACAACUACUGUCAGAAAUAAAUCAGCUUAUAUGUCCUCUUCUUUUGGUGAUGGGAUAGAUAGUUGUGAUCAUUCGCGUAAUGGAAUGCGUGCAAUUUGUCCAGCAACAAUAUCAGUUUUAAUGAAACUUCUCGCCAAAUGGGAAACUGAAAAUAAGCUGCGUAAUGUUUCUUUGAAAUGUUGUGCUCUAAUGAUAAUGGUUCUACAACGCUCUAGUCCUGAAGAACGCCAAAUUGAACUCACUACAAUAAUUCAACUCUAUUGUGAUGUAAUAAAUCAACUUCUUAAAACCGAACAAUUCAAAGGUGAAACCUUCGACAUUGCCAUCGAAGAAGAUGAUGACAACGAUGUCAAUGAAGAUUUAGGUGUCGAUGUAAAUGCACUAUCCGAUACAAUUGCAAAUAUUGCCAAUUUCCUAUCGGAUUGCAAAAAUUCCAAACAUAUUUGCAUUGCUAUAAUCGAAACGAAUUUAUUAGACUUACUUAUUGGCAUUCCAAAUGAAAUCAAAAGUUGGAAUUUAAACCACACUAUGAUCUCGUAUAAUACAAUUAGAACUCUUGCGGUUGUGACACAUGCUUCAAUAAAAGCUGCAGAAAUAGUCCGAUCGAGUGAUAAAAUUGAUAAACUCUUUCGUGGAUUGAAAACUCUGGGUGCUCCAGAGGAGAAAUUACUCGAAGCAUGUUUUGGUUUGGCAUUUAAUAAAGAAAGUGAAGCAAUUAUGUUGCCAGAAGUGAUUAUUAAGAUUAUCGAAUGGAUUCCUGAUAUAAAUGAAAGAGAACAAAUAUUCAUUAGUGGAUUACUUGUUAAAGGCUGUUCAAGUAGUUAUACAAGCAAAUCAGUUGCAUGUGAAAAUCGAACAAUCAAAGCAGCUUGUGAGUGUCUUCAGCACUUUGAAAAACUCUCCGAAAUAUGUAUUCAAAAUCUAAUCAAACUUAUAGAGGAACUAUCUAAACUUAGCAUCAUUCCAAUUGAACUUAAACGUGUUAUGUCUUUGUUGAAAAACGAAACAAAGUUUCCACAAUCAAAACAAUUACUACAGACCCUUGUGACUAUAUCUCUCCAAAGUCUAACCAACGGAAACUUAUGCUCCCAAUAUUUUAAUCUCAACAACGAAAACGAUGGAAUCAUUGUUCCCGAUAUAAAAUCAUGGACAAUGUCUGGUUCAUAUGGUUUUAUAUUUCAUAUUUUAUUAAAACUCAACGACGUAAAUGAUACGGCAGAAAAGAAUUCUGGAAAAAACUUUCGCCGUAUGUUACUUAACCUUCGGACAAUCAAUAAUACCGGUUUUGAAAUAUUUAUUCAAAAUAAUGGUAACAUCGUUGUGGCUGCUCUAACUCGCAGAGAAUAUCUCACAUCGUCGGUAAUGUCGAAAACCCUUCUCGAUGGUCAAUGGCAUUAUGUGACAGUUGCAAUAACCCCUCCGAAAAGACCAUUCUCUUAUAGCCAAAUUAAUAUAUUUGUGGAUUUUAUUCAAAAAUUAAGUGCAACGUUGAAAGUUCAAGCUGUUAAUGAGCCAUUUUGUUUUUGUGCCAUUGGAUCAAAUCAAUUGCCAUCAAGACUCAGCGAGCCCCAACAAGCAGACAGACUAAGUCGAUCAGCAUCUCAAGAAAGCACCUCAUCACCAUCGUCUUACAGAGGAAUGUUGCCAAGCAUACUUGAACGAACUUUAUCCACAAAUGUUUCAAACUAUUUUACUCUACCACUUCGAACCAGUACCACAUCUUUCGAUCCGAAUGUGAAAAACUUUCCAAUUGGCAUGCAAGAUACCGUUUUUGGAGAACAAACUCAUUUAAAUGGACAAAUUGGAUCUGUUUUGUUGGCCGAACCCACUACAAAUCUUAAAACUAUCUUCGAUGGAGGAGCUAAUUUUGCAUCGAUUUUCUCGCAAGACAAUGAACUUUUAGAUCUAACUUCUAGAUUUGUAUUCUGUUAUUCGGGUGGUGCUUAUAGUCAUGAUUAUUGUCCUGACUUAAUACCGAGUGGAAAAUAUCCAGGAACUAUAUCUGCACAACAUUGUCGUAUUGUUAAAAUUCAAGAUACAAUCAAUAGUAUUGGAGGAAUACAAUCUCUUCUACCUAUUCUUCAUAGAAUUACCAAAGAAAAAAAUGAUUUCUCUCUCUCAACUGAUAGCAGUGAAUCGGAGAAUUUAACUGCUGAAACUAUUAAAACACCAACAAUGGAAGAAUUUUCUGAUUGGGAGGUUCUAUCAUCGAAUUCGUAUACCGAAUGGAAAAUGAUUCAACAUCCAAUAGCGAGUUUUAUGUGUUUCUUACGCUACAUAACUCAUGAUCAUGAAAAUAACCAAGAGAAUCUUCUAAAUAGUGAAAGUUUAUCGAUAAUUGGAAUGAUGUUACAAAAAUGUAGUGCCAAACAAUUUGAUGUGAAUGCUUUAAUGGCAACUCAUCUGUUUAUUGAAUCAAUUCAAAAUCAAAAAGCUAGAGCUAAUGUUAAUCUUCUUGAUGCUCUUUACACAGAAAUUGCAUUUAAUUUUGGAAUUUGGUCAAAAAUGCAUUUUCAAAUUACUCUUGGACAUGUUCAAUAUUUGAGUGCAAUGAUUAAAAAUGAUCGAAAAUAUUUUCGUAAGAAAUUUGGAGUUCAAUUCUUUUUGGAUAUAAUAAGACAAUAUUAUGGUACACCAGAAAAUAUUACAGCUGAUGAUGCUGUAACUAUAAGAUCUACUUUACUUGCUAUAAUUCGAUUUUAUAUACAAAAAGAUGUUAAUGUUAAAGAAAUUCAUACAAUCAUUUCAUUUUUGGCAUCGGUUAAGCAUGAACAUAUUUUGAUUGAAUUUCUGGAAAUGAUGAUAUUUCAUUUGAAGAGUAAAAAUUGUAAAGAUCAAAUGAUUUUGUUGCUGCAUGAACCACAGACGGCGAAUUUGUUGUAUAAUUUGUUUAUUGAGAAGAUACAUGGUGUGGAGGUGCAGGAAGCUGCUAUUCGGUUUAUAGAUUGUCUUCUAACAUCAUCACGAGUUCAUCAAAAAUACAAACAAAUCAUCCGUCUACAUGAUCCUUCUUUAGAAAGUUCACUCUUUCCUGGAUUUUUCUCCUUUAUGAUACCAAUGACUUUAAGUUCAACAAUUCUAUUUCACAUGGUCGAUGAAAUUCUAUCCUCAGAAACAGAUUAUUCAGGAAUUGUGUUUCUAAUUCAUCACAUUUCUUCAUGUGAACUACCAGUAAAAUUAGAAAUAGCCAAAAGGCUUCUUCAAACAACAUUCCUUAAACAAAAUUCAUCACAAUCAAUAGCAAAACAACCUGGAUGGCAAGAAUCUAUUGCCAGAUUAUUGAUACGUAAGCCAAUAACAAGUGCUAAACCAGAUGAAGAGAAACGUAAAAGUUUCGGAAUAAAUCUCAAUGAUGUACUGCUUGAAGAAAAUGCAGAUUUCCUUAAUCAAUCGGACUUGAUAAGUUUCUGUGAACAUGCAGUAGAUUUGGAGGAGUUACAACGAGAAGGCAAAGAUGGUGCUUUGAUUUUGAAUGAAAUUCAAGCUAGUGUCACUGAAGCUGCUAAUGUUAUCGAGAGUGAAAUUAAAGAAUUGGCUGGUUCGGUAUCUGGAGCUGUAGCAGAAAAUAUAUCCAGUGUUUAUUCGAUUAUAAGACAGAGGACAUCAGAGAUUCACGACACAUUUGAAUCACUGACAAUGGGUGGUCCAUUAGAACAUGGGGUAGAGGGACAUGGUAGAGAAGGAAUGCUUCCAAGACAACGUACUUCGUCAAAUAGUUCAGGAAGUUCAUCGCAAUCACCGAAUAGCAGUGCAAAAAACAAAGACUCUAUUGAUAUGGCAGGAUUUGAUUUCUCACCUGAAGCAGAUGUAGACAUGGAAGAGCAAUUAGUCUAUUUAGUCACGAAUAUUUUGUUCUCAAUCUUCUGGAAAGGAGUCAGUAAUGAAAAUCCUCAGUGCUGGAAGGAAAGAGGCCAAGUCCUUGGAUGUAUUAAUUUACUUGCAUUGAACAAUGAACUCAUAGCAUCACAUUUAUCUCUACGACUUCGUAUUCUAGAAAUGGCUGUUGAAGCAUCACUCUCUGAUCUGGCAGAACAUGGACAUCAAACUUUGAUUAAUCAAGAAAAUGCAUCACAAAUUUUAAGAAUGGUUUAUGACCUUGUCGUACUUGGGUCAAAUGAAGAUGAAUCAAAAAAAUGCUCGACAAAACUUUUAGAUGGAGUUUUAGCACUCUUAGAUGCUCUCAUGGUAUUCCAACAAUCAACUUCAGAUGAUUGGUCUGAUAUGAUCAGAUUAUGUCUAGGAUUAUUAUUAAAGUGCUCACAUCAUCCAAAUCCUGGUGUGGUAGCAAUGGCUACUGCAAAAUUACAUGCUAUUUUACAAAGUCGAAAUUCUGAAGAUCCAGCUGAAAUGGCAUAUCUUUUGUUUAGUAUAAACAAAGCUUUAGAUGAUGCUAUUGAAGUUGGCAAUCCAGAACAAUAUUCAUUCCUAAUGCCUGUAAUGAAGGCAAUGCUUGAAAAAUGUCGUGGCGUAUUUAAUUUAGAAACAAAUCUACCAGAUCUACCACCAACAUCAUCAGGUCCAGUGUUUUUUAAUGAUUUUCAAAUGUAUAGCACCAGUCGGAAAUGGAAGAAUUUCAUUGAGAAAAUGAUAAAACCACUUUUUGACAAUUAUCAACGUGAAAUCGAAUCAACAUUAUGGGAACCUAUCAAUCGUUAUUGGGCUGAAUGUUAUGAAGCCUGUAAAGCUGCAUCCAAAAAACGUGGUACAUUUCAAGCUGAAAAUCGACGUCAUUUUCAGCAAAAAAUUGUAGUACCAUGGAAAGUACGUCAAGUAGAAGAAAUGACGCGACUUAGCGCCUCAGCACUUCACCAAAAGACCAAAAGUAGUUACAUUAAGAAGAAAUGGAAAACCGCCAAAAGAUUCCUUUAUGGUCCCCGCGGACCCUGGUACACGGGAAAACCAGCCGAAGAAUUUUGGACUCUAUCUAGUCACGAAAAUGUGGCACGCAUGCGUUUAAAACUCGAACCACAACUUUAUCCAAAUAAGCAUGAAAAUGCUGCUAACCUCAGAGAUAAUGCUGCAAAUGCAUGUGAUACAAAAGAACUUUCUGAAUUCGAUUCAACUAUCAAAACUGCUGUAGUACGAGAUUUUCUCGACGAUGACAAUUCAAUGUUGGAAGAAGAACUCCGUAUAACAAUUGAAGCUCAAUCGCAACAAGAUGUUCCAUUAGAAAAAGCUGUGAUCGCUCAGGAAUGUGAAUUAAUUACAUUAAUGACCAAAGUUAAAGGACGCAUUGAAGUCAAUCAGGCUGUGUUUACAUUUAUUGAUUUAAGUCCACCCACUGAGGAUGGUGAUAAAAAUGAUUUUCGAUUUUCAAUCAAUAAAAUACGUGAAGUUCAUUUGAGGAAAUACAAUUUGCGUCGUAGUGCUUUGGAAAUAUUUUUAGUUGAUCAAACAAGCUAUUUUCUUAAUUUCACAACGAAAACUCGAAAUAAAGUUUUUACGAAAAUCCUUAGUCUGCAACCACCAAAUAUCCUCUACGGUUCUGGUCGCUCUCCUGCCGAACUUUUAAGAUCAUCUGGACUCACUCAAAAGUGGGUCAAUAGGGAAAUUUCAAACUUUGAAUAUCUUAUGUAUUUGAAUACCAUCGCAGGUCGUUCCUAUAAUGAUCUUAGUCAAUACCCAGUAUUCCCAUGGAUAUUAGCUGAUUACACGAGUGAUAUUCUCGAUCUCACCGAUCCCAAAUCCUUUAGAAAUCUAUCUAAGCCAGUGGGAGUGAUAAAUCCUAAAAACGAAGCUGAAGUUCGAACAAAGUACGACAGUUUUGAGGAUCCCUCUGGCAUGAUACCAAAAUUCCACUAUGGAACCCAUUAUUCCAACUCAGCUGGUGUGCUGCAUUAUUUGUUGCGUGUUGAACCUUUUACAUCACUUCAUAUUGAACUACAAAGUGGUCGAUUCGAUGUGGCAGAUCGUCAAUUCCAUUCAAUUCCACAAACUUGGAAACUCCUAAUGGACAAUCCAAAUGAUGUUAAAGAAUUGAUUCCAGAAUUUUUCUAUUUUCCUGAAUUUCUUAAAAAUAUGAAUAAGUUGGAUUUGGGACAUCUUCAAUUGACAAAAGAAAAAGUCGAUGAUGUAAUUUUGCCGCCUUGGGCAACAACACCCGAAGAAUUUAUUGCCAUUCACCGACGUGCUCUGGAAUCUGAAUAUGUAUCACAGAAUUUACAUCAUUGGAUUGAUUUAAUUUUUGGUUAUAAACAAAAAGGUGCCAAAGCCGCAGAAGCCUUAAAUGUCUUCUAUUAUUGUUCUUAUGAAGGUGCUGUUGAUUUGGAUAAAAUCGCUAAUCCCGUCGAACGUGAAGCUGUUGAAGGAAUGAUUAAUAAUUUCGGUCAAGUUCCAUCACAAUUAAUGCGUGAACCACAUCCCAGACGCCUUACACAAGAUGAAACCUCAUUAAAACUAGUCCGUGCCGAAUUAAAGCGACCCGACCUCACGCAAUUCCUUGAUAAAGUUAUUCAAGUGUAUUGUGAACUUUCGACACCGAAAGAUCCAAUUGUCUUCCUUAGCUCACCGAGAAGCCCGCCGCGGUCAUUCCUUCAGCUAAGUCCCGAUGUUCUAGUGAGCAUAUCGAAAUCAAGUAUACUUGGUUGUAAUUCAUGGAUAUCCUUUGAUAAGGAUCGGGGUUUUUUAUUAGAAAUUGAUGCUACCACAACGAACCUUAAAAACCGCAAGCGUAUCUUUGGACCAUACCAUCCAUCCUACAGCCUUAAUUCACAAAUGUUUGCAGUCAGUACAGACGGCAAACAUUUGUAUUCAGGUGGAAUUUGGGAUAAUUCAUUGAGAGUAUUUAAUUUGCACAAAGGCAAGACAAUUGCAUCAGUGACACGACAUUUAGAUAUCAUAACAUGUGUAUCAUUGGAUAAUUGUGGAUCCUAUCUUGUGACAGGAUCAAAAGACUGUACCUGCAUCAUUUGGAGUAUUCAAUCCAAUAGCUAUGGACAAUCAACUCCAACACCUAGUCAAUUGCAUUCAAGUGCCGCUCAAUUAAAUACACACAAUAGCCACUCGCCCAAACCACUGACCACACUUUAUGGUCAUGAUGAUGCGAUAUCGAGUGUGGCUAUUUAUACUGAAUUGGAUAUGGUUGUAUCGGGUUCUUUGGAUGGCACAGUUAAUGUGUAUACAAUUCAAGAUGGACAAUUUGUGCGAACAUUGAAACCAAUUGGCUGUACAGAAUCUUAUGUUCAGAUAUCUUUUGUAACGUUAUCUUAUCAAGGUCAUAUCGCUUUUAGUGCUCUAGACGAUACCUCACACUCGGUGCAUGUUUAUAGCAUCAAUGGAACUAGCCUCGGCUCGAAAUAUGUGUCGGGACGUGUGACAGGUUUAACUACCGCCUCCGAUUAUUUAGUUGUUGCUGAUGAUGCAGGUGAUAUAACGAUGAGUCGAUUAAAUGGAUUAAAACCAGUAUUUGACAUUCCAUUGCACAUACCAAUACAAACUGUUGUCGUAACACCUGGCAACACUCAUAUAUUGGCACCGUUACGUGAUGGCCGAUUGGCGGUAAUAGCUGUAUCGACUCCAGUUGCUAACAAGAAACAUUCCGUACUUAAUGUGUAGUAGAAUCAUCAUGCUCCUAUUUAUAACAACACUAUUCUAUAGUAUAUCUAUUGCACACACACACACACAAACAAAUGGAAACAGGAGUAAGAGUCCUUGGAAAUAGGAGAGAAAAUUAUUUUGUUUUGACAACGACAAUGGCUACUUGUUACGCCAAACAAAAAAAAAAAGAAUGAACAGAGAAUCCCCACAAGGACCAACUCUAGAUUAUGUUGGUUGCAAACAGCGUGGGGCAUCCAUCACGAAUCAUCACUGCGGUAUGCCAAUGAGAGUAUUUUUUUUUUCCAAUUUUUUAUUAUUAUUAUUAUUUGCCUCUGCUACAACUUUGUGGGCGAAAAUAAUCUUAAUUUCAUUUUGUUGCCUAUUUUAUUUCCAUUCCACUAUAUUUUUUAUUAUUAUUAUUUGUUUUCAAUUAUGUUCACUUCUUGUUUUGCCAAUUUAUCAUCAAUCAACAAAAGGAUUCGAAUCUAUUAUAGUUGCCACGCAAAUAAAAACAGUGUCAUUGUGCUUUAAGGAUACAAAAAUAGAUUUUUAAAAUUUUUUUUUGUAUCUUUAAUUAAAUAUUUUGUUGGAGAGGAGCAAAUUAAAUUAAAUUUGUGUGUGAGGUUUUUUU